GGCGGAGUUAACUAGCGCAACACUUCCGUGUUCCUUAAACUUUAGUUAGAGAUGCUUCAAACUUUGAGCCGUAUAUUCAGGAAGCACAUUGGUACUGCAGCUGUGAACCCGUUUUGGAUUUACACCCGUAACAUGGGUAGUUUAAAGAGCGAAAAUCGGUCAAUACAUUCAGAUAACAUCCAGGAUAUUCAUCUCAUCCCAAUGGAUGUAAUUAUACGACCAUUUCCACCUGAAUUAGACGAACAGAAGGUCCAGAGUCUUAUGACGAGCAUCCAGGAAGGAUCAGAUAUCUCAGGUGUACCUCCUAUAGAUGUGCUGUGGAUCACUGGAGAAAAGGGGGGUAAUUAUUAUUAUUCAUUUGGAGGCUGCCAUCGAUUUGCUGCUUAUCAGAGAAUGAAGAUGAAAUCCAUACCAGCCAAGAUUAUCAAAUCCAACAUCUCAGACCUGCGGACCUACCUUGGAGCAUCAACGCCAAAUCUACAGUGACUCUGAUAAUAGUCCAAUGGUCAACUUAGAGUUUAUCAAUCUUUUUUUAUAUUUUCCUAUAUUUAUUUAUCUGUAUCUAUCCUGUGUAUAUUAAGACCUGACCUAAAAAGGCUUUAGCAAAUGGUUGCUGUAAAGAGCUUGUUGCUAUUAAAGAACAGAUUCAAUUUUGUACUUCACAUAUAACGUAAGAAAAAUAAGAAAAUAAAAUGGACGUGACUCAUUGGAGAGUCACUCUUAUCUCUGACAUAUUUCUGUAAAACCCUAACCAGACAUUUUACUGUUACUAUGAAUCACAAUGACUAAACAGAACUUUUUGUCUGCCUGUUCUCCUUUUUUACCACUAGAUGGCAGCAUUAUUACACAUUCAAAGUUAGGGCCCAUACUGUAUGUAUUUUGGAGGUAUCUUUUUAAGGUGUUUUAACGCCUUGUUUGUUUUGAGACCGCCAAACGCUAUCAGAGCAGUGCAGUGUGUAUAUGUGAACAAACCAAGUGAUCUCAGACCCCACGUUCAGAGGUGGUCUGAGUACAGUUCGCUUUUGUAUUCUUUUGUGGUUCGAUUUCUUUUUGACAUGUGAAAGUAAUGAGGUCCAGGUGUGCGUGUCGUUUUGACAUGUAUCAAAAUCAACUGCUGCACAGAAAGUUGGUGUCUGAGUUCUUAUGAGGUUGUGAUGUGAACAAGAAAGGGUCUAAGAUCACUUCAGUUCUGAAGAGGACCAAAAAAAGGACUGGGUCCUCUUUUGAGUCCAAUCUAUUGUGAACACCAAAAGGACUGAGGUCACUUUUGGCUAAUUCCUUUUCUGGUUCACUUAAAGUGAACAGUUUUUUUUUUAAACUAACUACAUGUGAAAACACCCUUAGUUACACUACAUAGUGUGUUAAGGGUGUUUUCACAUGUAGUUAGUUACAAAGCUCUCUGAGUUUAUCACAGCCCAACUGGUGCUAGCAAGACCAAGGUCAUGUGUUCGAUUUUCUAGGGAUAUCCUCAAAAUGUAUAUUUUGAAUGCACUUUCCUGCAUUAAAGCAUUUACUGAACUAUUCAUGUGAUAAGAGUGGGUCAACUAAGGUAGACAUCCAAAAUGUGAAGUGCUGGGGAGGCUUUAGUAACUGUUUGAAUAGUUCACCACUAUUAUACCCAAGCAGUCACCACCACUGUACCAAUGUCAUUGCAGAUUUUAAUAUUCAGAUUUGAUCGAAUGAAAAUUUUUUAAAGGCUUUAUUGUUUAUUCUAUAAUUAAAAUACAUGAAAGUGAUAAAAAAAUAAAAAAGCAGUAUUUUUGUUUCUGUUUAGUGCUUAGAUCUCUCUGACCCGUCUUGGUGUUUUAAAACUCUGGUUUGAAGCAAUGGUCUCAUUGCAGCUAAGUCAAACCACAUUUUUGAGCAUUUACAAGAUGACCACAGGCGUGUGCUGGUCUGGUGACUGCUGGACAUGGUUGUAUGUUCUAAACCGGAAGCCUUGAGAAUGGGUCACAAGGGAGGUGUCCGAUUUUGUAAUCUGGCACAGUCAGAUUUAUAAAAUAAUUUUGCUCCCAUACUGUAACAAUUUCUGUUUGAAACACUUUUACAGCUACACAUGAACACGAUCUGGUCAUAAAUAUAAAAAGCCAUUGGUGCACCACCUUUUUGUUUUAAUAACAGACUAUUUUGGGCUGUAUUUUAUUUUUACAUUUAUUGCUAAAUUGGAUUUUCCUGUGCCAUUAGAAGGGCAUGAGAAUUGUUGAAUGUUCUCUGAAGCUCAUCUAUAAAGGCUGCACAUGUCUGGGGUCAUGGGUCAUGAGAACUGGCCGGCGAUGUUCUCUUCUGCAAAAUGGAGCGAUGAAAGGAAUGAAUUCAGUUUUAUUGCAUUGCUAUAUAUAGAUGGAUUUCAGCUCACAUUCAGACAGCACUAUGAAGGAGAAAGUAGAACUACUAAUCUGGGUGUAGUUUUUUUUCUUGACUUUGUGAGUAAUAGAUGGAAACUUUUCUCAGUCAUUUUUGCUCUGAGUUUUCAGCUGUUGUGUGGUGGAUCAGAGAUGGGCAUGUCAGAUUUUUUCUUCUGUAAUGGCAGUUUACUUCCUUUGACCCCUGACCUUUGCCUGAUAUCCAUAUCCAUAGGCCUCUCAGACAAGAAGACCUUGUCAACAACAAAGAAACCAGGGCUGCAGGUGACUCACUGCAUAAUGAUGCUGAGUAAUAAAGUAUAAGAAAACAUCAGAUCUUCUGGAGAGCUUAGGUUUAUAUAUGUAAGAGGGGAAUGUUUUAUUUGUUGAAGUUUAAAAAAAAAGUUAAUUAAAGUUUAUCUAUUUAUAAGGACCAAAAACAAAAUACUCUGUAUGUAGGGGUGUGCGGAGCAAAAACUAAGGCUGGGUUAAUUGUAACACGGACUGUUUACAAUACAUUGUUGCACAGGGUCGAGCUAUUUGUUUUUCCAUUAUUUUUCACGCUGCCAAAGACGCUCUCCCUCAAAUUAUUGAAAGGGUAUAAUGUUUUUCCAGAGAGUAAUUGAUGAAAGAUUGUUUUGGUGGCAAGCACAUUUUUUCAACAUAUG